AUGGAGAACCAACCAAGGAGCACCGUUGACCGGAAUCGGAGAGUAAUAUUGUUUCCGUUGCCAUUUCAAGGCCAUAUAAACCCCAUGCUUCAGCUAGCUAACAUACUCUACUCCCAAGGCUUCAGUAUUACUAUCCUUCAUACCAACUUCAAUGCACCAAAUACUUGCAAUUAUCCUCAUUUCACUUUUAAAGCAAUCCUUGAUAACGAUCCACAUGACGAACGCUAUUCUAAUUUACCGUCACAAGGCUUUGGUGCCUUUUCUCGGAUUUUUGUGUUCAAUCAAUACGGUGCGGAUGCAUUACGUGAAGAGCUAAAACAAAUGUUAGUGUUGGGAAAAGAUGAACCCCCAGUGUCAUGUUUGAUCACUGAUGGAAUUUGGUACUUUACGCAAUCUGUUGCUGAUAGCUUUAACCUCCCACGGCUUGUUUUGAGAACAAGUAGCUUGUUUUGUUUCCUUGUUUAUGCUUCAAUACCUAUUUUUGAUAAUCGCGGGUACUACAAACUUGACAGCACCCACCUGGAAGAUCAAGUGGCAGAGUUCCCUGUGCUAAAAGUGAAAGAUAUAUUGAAGUUGGGUAUCAGGAGCAAGAAUGAUGCCGGAGGGGAGUUGAUGGGUAAUAUGGUUAAACAAACAAAAGCAUCUGCAGGAAUCAUCUGGAACUCUUUUAAGGAACUCGAAGGACUUGAGUUCGAAAGGGUUUCUCAUGACUUCCAAGUACCAAGUUUCGUGUUACCGUUCCCCAAGCAUUUCACAUCAUCGUCGAGCAGCUUACUAGAACACGAUCGGACCUUUUUUCCAUGGUUAGACCAACAACCACCCAAUUCUGUGCUCUAUGUUAGUUUUGGUAGUGCUGGUCAAGUAGAGGAGAAAGAUUUUUUGGAGAUAGCUCAUGGGUUGGUCGAUAGCAAGCAGUCAUUUUUAUGGGUGGUUCGGCCUGAUUUUGUUAAGGGCUCUUCAACAUGGCUUGAAACUUUGCCUGAUGAUCAGUUCCUAGGUGAAAAAGGUCGAAUUGUGAAAUGGGUACCUCAGCAAGAAGUGUUGGCUCAUAAAGCAAUUGGGGCUUUUCUGACUCAUAGUGGAUGGAACUCAACACUGGAGAGCGUUUGUGAAGGCGUUGCAAUGAUUUGCUCGCCUUUUUGGGGAGAUCAACCGUUGAAUGCGAGAUGCAUGAGUGAUGUGUGGAAAGUUGGGGUGUGUUUGGAGAAUGGGUGGCAAAGAGAAGAGAUAACAAGUGCAAUAACAAGAGUAAUGGUGGAUGAAGGUGGGGAAGGCAUUCAAGAGAGGGCAAGAGUUCUAAAACAAAAGCUAGAUGUUUCUCUAAUAAAGGGUGGCUCUUCAUUCAAAUCAUUGGAGUCUCUUGUUGAUUAUAUUUCAUCCUUCCAUGUUAAUAAAAAUUGA